CAUCGUUUCUGUGUGGGAGCGACCCCCUAAAUCAGUGAAAUGCGAAAAUUUGAAAUUGAGCGGAAGAUCCGGUAAAGGAGGUUCGAUGGCGCUUAAUCCUCGGAAACGUUGAUCUUUUUCGGUCCUCUGUCACAAGUGUGUAAUCAACGCUUUCUCUCAUCCCUCUUCUCCUUCGUCUUCCUGUUUUCUUUGUUUGUUCCUCUCUCUCUCUCUCUCUCUCUCUUUCUCAGAUUCGUUUCUCCGCCUCCCUCUGUUUGAAUGUGAAGGUGAAACACAUAUAUUUUCUAAACUGAAGAUUCUUUGUCAAAGCCCUUCUUUCCGCUUAAUGGCAGCUCAGAGAUUCUAACUAGACGAUCAAACUAUGUCAGAUACAUGGACUCGGCAAAACGUGAAUAAAAACGUUUCACUUCAGACCGGCGAAGAGUUCUCCAUGGAGUUUCUCAAGGACCAUAACGAUGACCAUAGAUUCGGUGACCUUUGCUACCAGAAUCAGCCAGCCGGGUUUCACGACCUGAGGAGGAUAGAGUCAGAGUGCCCUUCUGAUGCAUAUGACUUCGGACGUGACCCGAGAGCUGCUUCCACAUACAUGCCUCACUUUAAUAACGCAUGCUACAACCUUGGUGGUGAGAAGCAGGUUAUAACCAGGAAGGCUUUCGGCGAAAUAAACUCAAACCAAGGAUGUGUCAGUGUCACAGGGAAGUCUGCGCCUUCUGUCUUCUUACCAGAGCGUGUUCACCCCAACAACUAUACUGGAGGAGGAGGAGGAGGAGAGUUUGACAGGUUCGGAAAAGUUAAGUUUCUUUGCAGCUUCGGUGGGAAGAUCAUGCCGAGAUCCAGCGACGAGAAGCUGAAAUACGUGGGAGGAGAGACGCAUAUCGUUUCCAUCCGCAAGAACCUUUCCUGGGAAGAACUCAAGAAGAAGACCUCAGCUAUAUGCCAACAGCUGCAUUCGAUCAAGUACCAGCUUCCGGGCGAUGAGCUUGACUCUCUGAUAUCAGUAACUUCCGACGAAGAUCUUCAGAAUAUGAUGGAAGAGUACAAUGGACUAGAAAGGCCUGAGGGCUCACAGAGGCCUAGACUGUUCUUGAUUCCUAUUGGACAGCCUGAAAUGAAAAUCGCUGGUGAUACUACAAGUUAUCAUGUAAACCAUUUGGAUCAGAUGCUAAGGCUUGAUACUCAGCUUUUCAAUGGAGUUCAGUAUAACAUGUCUGCUUAUCCAUCGCCUCCUAUCUCUCCUUCCCCGUUCAUGCACAAGGAUUGCUCGCAGUUCCUUGGCGACAACUCGAGCUCCGAGAGCAAUAACUCCUUCACUCUACCUCAACCAGAGCCUUCGGUGAACUUUCAAACUUACAAGCACGAGGCGGAGAACUCUUACGGGAUGGGCUUUAGCAAGAACCAUGAAACUCCCAUUAGGUUCUACUGCGAGAAACCGUGCAUACCUGAGGAACCUAAGGUCUCGUUUUCUGGCUCUACGAAUUCGAAUGAUUCCUUCUUGGGGAUACCACACUCGCACUCAGACUCUACGUUGGAGGUUAACGGUGGACAUUCCAGCUAUUUCUCACAAGAGAGACAGAGCCCAUCUUCGCCGUUGAACUUUACAAAGAAACAAACGGAAGAGAAGACAGUGCAGGAGCAUAGGAACAUCGAUCUAUCUAGCCGUCGUACACAAAGUAAUAUACUCGAUUUCGGAGGAGGACCAGGACCAGCAUUGCAUAGAGACGUUUCUGAUGUAGGCAAUCAUUAUGAUGAGAUUUUUCUGAAUCAAGAAAGGAACAGUGGGAAAGUUAUGGGGACAAGAGUGAUCCCUACUAACAUAGAAUGCAAGAACUAUGGAAACCAGACCUCAGUGGUUAAUGAUGACCCAUGGAAGCAAAUAAUGCAAGAUAAUGAUCUUUUGAUGGCUGGAACCUCAUCUGGGAAUCUAAUUUCGUUGGACGAAGGCAUUGCAGAUGACACCCCAAAUCAGGAAAGGAGACUAUUUGAUCAUAUUCAAGAACCUGUAAAUCAAGCUGUCAGGGCAGCGAAUUUGGAAGUUUCAGGGGUGUUGUUAAGUAAGAGAGCGAACUCUGAUGUGGAUUUCUUGUUCAACAUCUCUUCGGAAUCAGCAAAGAGAGAUAUUGUUCAUGAGACAGGGCUUUUAGAGCUUGAUCCAACACAAAAGAACAGAGUACAAAGGGAAAGUGGUUCAGGCCAUAUGAGAAUCCAAAGCAUGGAUUUGAAUCAGGCAGCGCCAGAGAUAACCAAUGAAACUUACAAAUUGAAGAUCCCAUCUGUCCAAAGGCAAGAUUCACUCGUAACCACUCCACACACAAAGUUGGACAGCAUUGAUCCUCUCUCCCUCUCUGAGGAGGCUGAAGCUAAUGUUGAUGAGAAAGUGAAUAGUUUUGCCGACACACUCAUAGUUGAAAUGGAAGCCAGUGUGUAUGGCUUGCAGAUGAUAAAGAACGCUGAUCUUGAAGACCUAACAGAACUUGGAUCGGGGACAUAUGGAACUGUCUUCCAUGGCAAAUGGCGAGGAACCGAUGUCGCAAUAAAGAGAAUAAGGAAAAGCUGCUUUGGAGGAAGAUCAUCUGAACGUGAACGCUUGACCAAAGAUUUCUGGAGGGAAGCACAGAUACUCUCAAAUCUUCAUCACCCAAACGUUGUUGCAUUCUAUGGUAUAGUCCCUGAUGGAACCGGAGGAACAUUAGCGACUGUUACUGAGUUCAUGGUGAAUGGGUCACUAAGGCAUGCUCUUGUCAAGAGAGACAGAUUGCUCGACGCUCGGAAAAAGAUAAUAAUAGCAAUGGAUGCUGCUUUUGGAAUGGAGUAUUUGCACUUGAAGAACAUAGUCCACUUUGAUCUCAAAUGUGAGAACUUACUCGUCAAUCUAAGGGAUCCACAACGGCCUAUAUGCAAGGUGGGAGAUCUUGGCUUAUCUAGAAUCAAACGUAACACUUUGGUAUCUGGAGGAGUGAGAGGAACACUUCCAUGGAUGGCACCAGAACUCUUGAAUGGAAGCAGCACCCGGGUUUCCGAGAAAGUCGAUGUAUUUUCAUAUGGGAUCUGCCUAUGGGAGAUUCUAACGGGAGAGGAGCCCUAUGCAGAUAUGCAUUGUGGAGCAAUCAUUGGUGGGAUUGUGAAGAACACGCUUCGACCACCAAUACCGAAAACAUGUACUCCGGAAUGGAAAAAGCUGAUGGAACAAUGCUGGGACAUAGACCCGGAUGCUCGUCCUCCAUUCACCGAGAUAACAAGCAGACUUCGAUCCAUGUCUAUGGAACUCGUCGCUAAAAGCAAGAAAAGAGAAAACAAACCCUGAAGACGUUUACAAACAUCAAGAGAAUCAAGAAACGGGUUUAAGUUCACAUUCCUUCGUAUUUGUUUAAUUCUGUACAAAAAAAAAAAAAACAUAUAU